AGAGGAUUAGAACUUCCCCUACCCCCUUCCUGUUUUGCCUUUCCCCAAUCACUUCUACCUGAGGAAGCCCAUCUUUUCUCACUCACGUGCAAUCCUCAAUUCUUCACUGAGCUGGCUUCCUUAAGCCUGGAUCUAGCUGCUCCGAAUUUGAUUUAUAGUCAUCUCCACCCUUUUAUAUAAAAGAGUUUUAGCACAUCCUAGAGAUUUGAGAAGAACCUAGCAACCCUUUCUGUGUCAAUUUUUUUUGACAAUUAGACAUCGGUCAUGCAUCCCAGCCUCGAUGCUUCUGUUGCUCUGCUCUCUUAGUAGUAUUCUGAUGUCAAAGACAGAAAGGAGACAACAGGCAGAACUAAGUCUGAGGUUGAGGUGGGGCUGCCAGUGCAAGAAAAACUUUUUUUUUAACUUUGUAUUUUCUUAGAAGCAUUUAGAAUCAUUGACUCACAGUUGUCAGUGUAAGGGUGUAAUUUAUCUGCUGCUUGGAGGGGUUACAAGAAGAGCCAAUAAGAAAGGAGGUUCACAAACACUGUGGACCCCAAGCCCCACCCUAUCCACCUCUUUAAAGACUCCAGCUGCCCCUCUCAAGUCCUCUGCUUCCCCAUCACAUGCUCAUGCCCCUGGGUGGGCUGCUGUGGUGGUGGUGGUGGUGGUGGUGCUGCUGCUGCUGCUGCUGCUGCUGUGGACUGUGCACCCCAGCUCCCCAGAUGUUGCGCCACCAGGGUCUCCUCAAGUGCCGCUGUCGAAUGCUCUUUAAUGACCUGAAGGUUUUUCUACUGAGGCGCCCCCCUCCAGCGCCCCUGCCCAUGCACGGUGACCCCCAGCUCCCUGGUGUGGCGGCCAACAACAACACCCUUCCGGCUCUGGGUACCGGAGGGUGGGCAGGCUGGAGAGGCCCCCGAGAAGCCGUGGGCAGGGAGACCCCUCCUCUGCCACCUCCACCACCUUUGCCUCCUUCUGUGGAAGAUGACUGGGAUGGCCCAGCCUCAGGGCCACCUGCCUCCCUGCUCAGCAGUGCCUCCUCUGAUGAAUUCUGUAAGGAGAAAGCUGAGGACUGCUACUCUUUAGGAAGUAGCUUGGACAGUGGGAUGAGGACUCCCCUCUGCCGCAUCUGUUUCCAGGGGCCAGAGCAGGGAGAGCUGCUAAGCCCAUGUCGCUGUGAUGGGUCUGUCAAAUGUACACACCAGCCGUGUCUCAUCAAGUGGAUCAGUGAGAGGGGCUGCUGGAGCUGCGAGCUGUGCUAUUACAAGUACCACGUCAUCGCCAUAAGCACAAAGAAUCCUCUACAGUGGCAGGCCAUCUCCCUGACGGUCAUCGAGAAGGUUCAGAUUGCAGCCGCCAUCUUGGGUUCUCUCUUCCUCAUCGCCAGUAUCUCUUGGCUCAUCUGGUCGACCUUUAGUCCCUCAGCAAAAUGGCAACGCCAAGACCUCCUCUUCCAGAUCUGCUAUGGGAUGUACGGCUUCAUGGAUGUGGUGUGCAUAGGACUCAUCAUCCAUGAAGGACCCUCGGUAUACCGCAUCUUUAAACGCUGGCAGGCUGUAAACCAGCAGUGGAAAGUGCUGAACUACGACAAGACAAAAGACUUAGAGGAUCAAAAAUCGGGAGGCAGGACAAACCUACAGACUUCCUCAUCUGCCCAAGCCAACAUCCCCUCCACGGAAGAGGAGGCAGCCAGCCCGCCCGCCCGUGAAGAGGGCCCCACCAGGGCUGCCAGCCAUCCCUCAGGCCCCGUGUCCCAGCACCACUGUGCUUACACCAUCCUACACAUCCUGAGUCACUUGAGGCCUCAUGAACAUCGGAGUAGCCAGAGCAGCAGCCGAGAGCUCGUCAUGAGAGUCACCACAGUGUGAGAAGAGGCCUGGGAGGAAGGCCGAGAACGUACACACCACAGGAAAGAGGUUGGGCCAGGGGAAGCCCAGGAAGCAGGAAGAGCAGGCAACAAUUCAGCAGUGGGUGGUGGGCUUCGAGGGAGGCAGGAGCAGAGGGGAGCUGUGGGGAGACUGCCCACACAAACAACACCCUCUCUCUGGAGAGCCACAAGUAGCAAGAGACCCAGCAAGGGGUGGGCAGAAACUGGUGGUGGGUACCUGGGGUACCCGUGGGUAUAAGGACAGCAAUCUCUCACAGCCUUGGGUUUGUUCCUCCCUGUGUGAUGCUUCCUAGCACUGGGUACAACAGGGAGAUAG